AUGCCAUCAGCAUUAGCAGACGGGAACUCCGUGUCUGAUCCUGAAGCUCCCUCCGGAAGUCGAGUAGACGAAAGCACACCAUUACCCCAGGGAAACUUAAAGCGCCUCUGGCGAGGGGCUCCUUCCAUGGCUCAUCAAGUACGCCGAAGUCAGUCGUCGAGCCCUUUGCGACUCACAAUGCCAUUCAUAACUCCGGGCCAGCUUGCCUUUUCAGCAAUGCAAUUUUUACCCGUUCCAAUCUUGGUCUUGGAUAGCCUCAAAACAGUGGUGCUGGCUAACGAGUCUAUGGGAAGACUACUGGGCAUGCCGUUAGAUGGGGCCGGAGAAGGUCAUGAUCUUUCCUCGACAAUGGACCAACUCCGCGGCCAGUCUCUUUCCCAAGUUGGCAUCGACCUUAUCCAGGAUGGCAUGCCGGUUUGGAUUGCUUGGGAACAGUUUUUGGGCCAGGUUGCCCUUGAGAUGGGAGUUGGAAACAUGGGAGGAGGAGAGAUCUCCAAGCCAGAUCUGAAAACGGAUCCCGACGGACACGCUACGCCACGUCCUGCACAGGUCCCUCCGUCACCUUCCGCUUCUUUGCCGCAUUCUAGAUCGACAUCGGCUCCAGCUAUGGAUGGCGUGUGCGACGGAGACGCAGCCAACACCACCUGCCACCCGUCACCCAACGCUGUUGUGGAUGUGGUUAUUGCCAGAAGAGAUAUCGCCCGGACAACAUAUGACACCCGCGCCCGGUCAGAGAGCACUACUUUCCACGCACAAGCCAAGAUGAUCAUUUCGGUCUGGCAGCUGAGCCCGCAGCAAACCUACUUUACCCUCACCUUCACUAACACCGAGUCCAACUAUGUCCCUCCGGUUGGUGCUAAGAAGCUGGCUGGGAAGCGUGACGUUUUGGAUGCUGCUGAGAAGAAGUACUCUUACAGCGUAAACGACCCUCCCUCUAUGACUUCAAGUCGUGAUUCGCGUACUCGCUCUCCAUCUUUUCCCCUAAGUCCAUCUGCGGUCGCCAUGUCAUCUAGUCCUUUUCCUCCGCUCGGACCUCCAUCGCAAUCUUCCAUCACCAGUGCUCCUUCAAUGUUGCAAAAAAUCACAGUUAUGAAAGAUGCUCUUCUGGAUAAGACGCAGACGCCAAUUAUUGCCAUGUGGAAGGAUGGGAGUGUUAUCCUUCCCAACAAACCUGCACGGCGGCUUUUCAACCAAGAUCCUGCACAGGGCGCUCCACUGGAAGGUUCCAACCUCCUGGAACAGUGGAAGGUGUGGAACGACGACUUCAGCAGGCAGUUGGAGACAGAUGAACACCCAAUAUCUGUUCUGAUCAAAACUGAAAUGCCUUUUGAAACCUACAGAAUUGGGAUGUUGGACCAAGGUGGCGAGCGGUUAAUAUUCGACGUCGAGGGAGCUGUGAUCCGAGACGAGAUCACAGGCGAGUUUUUGGCGGGCGUGAUCACAUGCAGGGACAUAACGCGAAUCGAGCAUGAAAUCAGUCAAAUCAAAGAGGCAGACAAGGAAAGGUUCAGGUUGAUAUGCGAUACCAUGCCUCAGCUUGUGUGGACUACGGGGCCCGAUGGCGCGCAUGACUUCUACAACAGCAGGUGGUACAGCUACACAGGUCUUACCGAAGAAGAUUCGCUAGGCGGAGGCUGGAGAAAAGCGUUUCAUCCGGAUGACUUGGUCGAGACUGAGAGACGAUGGCAAAGCUCACUUCGCACCGGCGAGCCGUAUGUGAUAGAGUACAGGUGUCGCAGCAAAGAUGGUGAAUGGAGAUGGUUCCUUGGUCGGGCGCUCCCUCUGAAGAACAAACAAACGGGAAAGAUCGACAAGUGGUUCGGAACCUGUACCGACGUGCACGAAACCAUGGAGGCUAAGCUCGAGGCCAAGCGAACAAGACAACAGCUACGCAGUGUUAUCGCCCACUCACGCAUGACGAUGUUUGCAGUUGAUCCCGACCGGAAGGUUACUUUGUUGGAGGGAUCGUUGAUAUGGGACGCUCUCUCGCCUGAGCUUAGUGCCUCAUGGUUCAUUGGGAAAGAUGUCUAUGAAGUUUUCAACAGCCUCAACCAACAAUUACCGGACGGCCAAACACCUGCGUUUCUGCAGCCCCUUGAGUCCAUCCUUGGAGGAAAAUCACCGGUGGAACUACAGGACCACAAGUUCGCAGGUAGAUGGUACCGCACUGGCUUUCAGCCCAUUCUCAGGAGAGAUCCUAUUACCGGAAACUCAAUAGAAAACUUCGUCGAAGGCGUCAUGGGCUUCAUAAUGGACGUCACCGAGUUGAAGGACCGCGAAAGAGAUAUUGAGGCACAGGUUCUGGAAAAGAGGCAGCUUCUAGCCAACGAAGCAGCUGCAAAAGAAGCAAGUCGGCUCAAGAGCCAGUUUCUAGCCAACAUGUCUCACGAGAUUCGGACACCAAUCACUGGUGUAAUCGGAAUGGCCGAAUUAUUGCUUGACGUUGGACUUGAUGCCGAGCAACGAGAGCUGACGGAGAACAUUUUCCGUUCCGCGAACGCACUUUUGACUGUAAUCAACGACAUUCUUGACUUCUCAAAGAUUGAAUCCGGGCGACUGGACAUCGAAGAAGUACAGUUCUCAUUGGCUGUCGUUAUUCAGGAGGUCAGCAAAAUGCUCAGCUUCACGGCUGAGCGGAAAGGCUUAACCUUCAACUACGAGAUAUGUUCGGAUAUUGCGCUUGACCUCGUGGUCAUGGGAGAUCCUGGACGUUUGCGGCAGGUAUUAUGUAACCUGGCGCAGAAUGGCAUCAAGUUCUGCCACGAAGGCCAUGUCAAGCUCAACGUCUUUGUCGAACAAGAAACAAAUGAUACCAUUGAGGUCAAGUUCGUGAUUCAGGAUACGGGCAUCGGUAUUGAGGAGGAAGUACUAAAAGGACUCUUCCAGCCUUUCAGUCAGGGAGAUGCAUCGACAGCGCGGAAGUUUGGAGGUACCGGUCUUGGGCUGACCAUUUCCAAGAACUUGCUGGAAUUGAUGAACGGGCGUAUGGCGCUCGCUUCUAAAAGGGGCGAAGGAACUACAGCCACAUUCUGGAUCCCAUUCAAGAAGCCGCAAAAGGCAAAUUCGGCUACUGGUCCGCUAUCUGACAGAUUGCAAGGCGAGGCAAGCGUAUCUUGCAACAGCCCGCCCCCAGCUCACCAAGAGCCGAGUGGGCUGAGCGGUGAGCAGAGGUCAGCAUGGAGACAAUCCUCAAUAAGCCUUUCCACUACCACCUCCCAAGAGGAUGUUUCCAUGCUGGAUCGCAGCAAGGUUUUCAUCCUGGUAGUAGAGGACAACGAGAUCAACCAGCAAAUCGCCAUCAAAACGAUCAAAAAAUUAGGGUUUGAAGUCGCGGCCGCCUGGAACGGCAAGGAAGCUCUUGAAUAUCUGUCCGAAGCCAGCGCCGGCAAGAAAAGGAAACCAGACAUCAUAUUGAUGGACGUACAGAUGCCUCUGAUCGAUGGAUACCUAUGCACCCACCUGCUGCGGCAUCACAUCCCUUACAGAACCUACGUGAAGGACGUUCCCAUUGUGGCCAUGACCGCCUCAGCAAUCCAAGGCGACAAGGAGAAAUGUAAGAGGGCGGGCAUGGAUGACUACCUGUCCAAACCGGUCAAGAGCAAGACACUCGAAAAGAUGUUGCUCAGGUGGUGCACCACGAAGAGGGAGGAUCUUUCCCCGGCAACAUCAAAUUGCUCGGAGACUGGUGAGCAUUGUCGCAGUGCGGAUAUUCCCGCUGUUUGGUUGAAUGAUGGGGAGCCGUCUGAAUUGGACUUGAACGUCUAUGAUAGCGUCGAGGACGAAGGUUCAAGUCUUUCUACACCUAUGGGUCCGGUCCGAGUUUCAGAGAGGGUUUCUCAAGGUAGUGGUUCUGGCGGCGGUCAGGCUCAACAAAAUCCGACGACGGGGUACUUCUCGCCGGGAUCUGCUUCUGGACAAGGCGUACCAGAGACGGCCACAAACUCUACAGGAAACCGUGGUGCGCAGACGGUGCUCGGUCCAGCCGAGCAGCUUGUUGAUUCGGCAGAAUACCCAAUGCGACCGAGCGUGGAAGACGCGGCGACAAGUUCGACCUUGGUGAACCAGAGUACACAGACACAAACACAAACACAAACACAAACACAAACACAAACACAAACACAAACACAAACACAAACACAAAUACGAACACAAACACAGGGAGAGGCGUUGACGGAGGAGAACCUAGGCAAGCUACAGGAGGAACAAAGGAGAGAGCUCCAGAAAGAACAAAAUAAAGAAGCUGCAAAGCAAAUAAGUGAAGGGGGGAAUGGGGGAACUACAUAA